UGGGGAAGUUGGUAUUAAUCCAUGGGCCGUGACGACAUUAUAGGCGUCAUUGUGCGGAGUUAUUAUCCCAGUAAAGCGUUAAGUAAUAGCAUUAAGAGUGCGAAUGGACCGUAAACACGACACAAAUGUGGGAAAAAAAAAAUCUCGAACAGUAGUAAACCGUGUAACUGAAAAGUUGAGUGUAUGUACUGUCAACAAAUUGUUUCCUGUGUAUGAGUAAUGCAUUUGUAUAACCUGCUUUUCAGUAUGGUUGACUCAGGAGAAAAGAUUUUAAGAUAUGUAUCGUGUGUGCAGUCAUUCAGUGUGUUCUGUCACGUCUCUGAAAUACGUAGUAAGGGCCUGAAACUGGAAUUUUUAAUUAAUUUGCCUCUGUACUAUUUUUGAGUGAUAUCUGUGCAGGUGUUGAAGUUGACCGUGUGCAGGUGGCUGUGGUCGAUAGUGGAUGAUAACAUGGCGAAGCAAUUUCCUUGUCAUUUUGUGAUAAAUAUGUGAGGUUGUUCAAGAAUAAAGUGUUUGCAACGAGAAAUUCUUGCCUAGGACAUUUUAGACAAAAAUAUGCCCACCAAAGUUUCCAAAAAGGUGGUUGGAAUGAUAAUACGAAGUAGGAAGACUAUAAUGAAAGAUGGAGUAAUGACGACAUCAGGGAUAGGAGAACCAAGCGUGCACCAUGCCCUGGUGGUCAUUUUUCUCGAGUUCUUUGCAUGGGGUCUCCUCACCAUGCCUGUCAUUUCUGUUCUUAAUGAAACAUUCCCUGAUCACACAUUCCUUAUGAAUGGACUUAUCAUGGGUAUCAAGGGCUUGUUGUCAUUCCUAAGUGCACCAUUAAUAGGGGCACUGUCAGAUUUGUGGGGACGCAAGUUCUUCCUCCUUAUCACGGUUUUCUUCACAUGUGCGCCCAUCCCUCUUAUGACUAUAAACACGUGGUGGUUCUUUGCCAUGAUCAGCAUCUCAGGUGUGUUUGCUGUUACAUUCUCUGUCGUGUUUGCCUAUGUAGCUGAUGUAACUGAAGAACAGGAGCGUUCUCUGGCUUAUGGUCUGGUGUCUGCAACGUUUGCAGCCAGCAUGGUGAUAAGUCCUGCGCUGGGCGCAUACAUGAUGGAUGCGUAUAGCGAGAAUCUUGUUGUAGCACUUGCGACAGCCAUAGCCAUCUUGGAUGUGUUUUUCAUCCUUGUGGCUGUACCCGAGAGCCUACCAGAGAAGGUCCGACCAUCUUCAUGGGGUGCCCCCAUCUCAUGGGAACAGGCUGACCCAUUUGCAGCCCUACGGAAGGUUGGCAAGGACCACACGAUCCUCAUGCUGUGUGUCACAGUGUUUCUCUCAUACCUGCCCGAGGCUGGCCAGUACUCAUGUAUCUUUGUCUACCUCAAGCUGGUGAUGGGAUUCAGCGUCGUGAUGGUAGCUGUAUUUAUUGCAACAGUUGGCAUCCUGUCUGUCUGUGCCCAGAUUGUGUUGGGUUUCUUAAUGCGGUCUCUUGGGCCAAAGCAUACGAUUAUGGUCGGCCUUGUGUUUGAGAUGCUCCAACUUAUGUGGUAUGGAUUUGGGUCGCAGACAUGGAUGAUGUGGGCAGCUGGGGUGUUGGCCUCCGUCAGCAGCAUCACGUACCCUGCCAUUAGUGCCUUUGUUUCGAUGCAUUCUGAUGCAGACAAGCAAGGACUGGUGCAGGGCAUGGUUACUGGUAUGCGAGGAUUGUGCAACGGAUUGGGACCGGCUAUGUUUGGCGUCAUCUUCUAUUUGUUCCACGUGGAUCUCAACGAGGAUUCAGCCACUGGCCACGGAAGAGACCAGAGACCGUCGCUAUCUGGUGACAACAACACAGUUGGUCAAAUAUUCGACUCCAUCCAGCCUCUGGUGCCUGGUCCACCAUUUGUGUUUGGGGCAUUUCUUGUUAUAUGUGCCCUAUUGGUCGCUGUCUUCAUUCCAGAUGGCACAUCCAUUGGCUCUAACCUCAGGACAAGCUCUCGCCGGCAGUCUGAUGUCAGCAGCUGUGCAGCUAGGAAACGAGACAACGCUGAGGAUGGCUCCGUGGAUGACUCCAUGUGGUUCCACCGCCCGAAGCUGAGAUUACAAGGUCUGUCGAUGGAGUUGCAGUACGAGGUUCAGCACUGCAAGAAACAUGAUGGAGUGAGUCCACUGUCACCAUUGGUUGACAAUUCGGCAGUGCUUUAGUCAAGACAUUUGAAUCUUACUGCUUGUUCACAAUGGCAGAUUGGCUAGAUUAUUGUCUGGACGAUUUUGAAGUCCAGCAUUCUGAAAAUAUUGCUUUGAAAUUCUCAAACUGGGUUUCUAAGGCAGUAAAAAUUAUGCCAGAAGUACCAACACUGCAGUGUGAAAUGUCCUUAGUUACAGGUGUGAUUUAUUAUAAAGCACUGCGUUAUUUCACAAAAGUGGACACAGGCCACGCUUUUUUUAUUUUAUUAUUAUUAUUUGUUACGGUGUCUUACACGCGAUGUUCACAAAUCCGGUAGUUAAGGUUGUUUGCAAUUGAGUUCUGGUGUAAGUAGACACAAAUGAUUUUUAUUAUGUGAUCUGCUCUGCAGUUUUGUAACUUUUUCUCUGAGGAAGACCUAAAAACUAUGCUGUAAAGCCACAUGAAAGAGUACAUAAAUCAAUAGGUUUGCUCCCUUCAUUCGUUAUGGAAUUGAUGAGCAUCUGUUUUGCUUUCAGACAUCGUCCCGAUGGACUCCGGCAUAAGAAUAAACACUACAGCUUUAAUAUUGAGUUUAAUGGUACUUUGUAUACUGUCAUUAUCCAUAUGCAGUAUUUAUUUUAUUGAUAAUAUCACUUGGAGUGAGACAUGAUCUUUUCAGUUGAUUUCUAUAUGCAGUAUUUAAUAUACAAUAUGAAACGUGUGAUGUUGACACAGAGCUUGUCGUCAGAAUUGGUUUUACAUCAUUGAUGGUAUAUUUCCACAUAUACAAGUAUGCCUUCAUUUGCGUAGUUUGUAACUUUCCUUUUUCUUGUACUGAAUCAGUUGUUCUUUAUUUUGUACA